AAUACAUCAAAUAAGUGUUUUAAACACUUGGUUUUUAUUUUGGAGAACUUUGAAUUUUUCGGUCGGGUUUCGCAUCGGUUGGCUAGGCCGUGGUUAAGGCAAAAACCAUGGGUUCUUGACUAACCACUCACCCAGCGAUGGGAAGAUCUUCCCAUCGAUGGGUAAGCGGCCCCUCAGCCAAACCAGUUUCCAGAACCAUGCCAAACAGCGAUGGGGAGUUCCACCCAUCGCUAAAGCAACAUCGAAGACGUCUGCAAGCUCCACUGAACCAAGAAGCAGAAGCAGAAGCACUUAGGGCUCAGCUAGCAAAGCUUCAGGCUGAGCUACAAAAAGAGGCUAGAAAUGCACGUAGGUCUGCUCGUGCUGAAAAAUCGAGUGAUCAGGCUCUCCGGAGGAUGAGGGCGCUUGAUGGGCGUAUAAAUGACGAGCGUACACGUCAGAAUGUUGGAGGGCACACUUUGAGAGAGAAUUCGUUGAGAAUGCAAGCUCUAGAGAACCAAGAAGCAGAAGCCGAAGCACUUAGGGCUCAGCUAGAAAAACGUCAGGCUGAGCUACAAGAAAAGGCUAGAAAUGAAUUUAGUGCUCCUCCACAGAACCAAGAAGCAGAAGCAGAACCAGAAACACUUAGGACUCAGCUAGAAAAGCGACAGGCUGAGCUACAAGAAAAGGCUGGAAAUGAAUUUAGGGCUCCUCCACAGAACCAAGAAGUAUUAGUAGAAGUAGUAGCACUUACGGUUCAGCUAGCAACGCAUCAAGCUGAGCUACAAGAAAAGGCUACAAAUGAAUUUAGUGCUGCUGCACAGAACCAUGAAACUGAAGCACUUAGGGCUGAGCUAGCAAAGGGUCGGGCUGAGGAGCAAGAAAAUGCUACAAAUGAAUUUAGGGCUUCUCCACAGAACCAAAAAGAAGAAGCGGAAGCAGAAGCACUUGAGGUUCAGCUAGCAAAGAAGCGUCAGGCUGAGCAACAAGAAAAGGCUAAAUAUGAAAAAAGGGCUGCUCGUGGUGAAAAAUCAAGCAAUCAGGCUCUCCGGAUGGAGAAGGAGCUUAGUGGGCAUUUAAAUGAUGAGGGGACACAUGGGGAUGUUGGAGGGUACAGUCCUCGCAGAAAUUUGAGAGAGUAUGAAAUCAAUGAAUUGAGAAUGCAAGCUCUAGAGAACCAAGAAGCAGAAGCCGAAGCACUUAGGGCUCAGCUAGAAAAGCGUCAGGCUGAGCUACAAGAAAAGGCUAGAAAUGAAUUUAGUGCUCCUCCACAGAACCAAGAAGCAGAAGCAGAAGCAGAAACACUUAGGGCUCAGCUAGAAAAGCGACAGGCUGAGCUACAAGAAAAGGCUGGAAAUGAAUUUAGGGCUCCUCCACAGAACCAAGAAGCAGAAGUAGAAGUAGUAGCACUUAGGGCUCAGCUAGCAACGCAUCAGGCUGAGCUACAAGAAAAGGCUACAAAUGAAUUUAGUGCU